AUGCGUGCCGUUGCCCUUCUCCUCUUUGCACUCGAGGCCACCCUCGCCGUGGCCGUUGCGCUCCCAAGUGGCCAUCGUGGCAGCUGUGGUUGCAGCCGCAACGGUCGCAGGGACGUCACUGUCCUUGAGCAAGUCGGGGACAAGAAGAUUGUGUCGGAGGAGCUGAUCAUCCCCGAGUCCCAUGUUGACGAGCUCAAGGGUUCCAAGGGUGGCAAGUCGCGGGAACUGCACACCCGCGACGUCAAGCCGGCCCCAAAGCUCAAGCCGGGCCAGCGGCUUGGACUGAGCAGCCAACAGCUCCAGAAGGUCUCAACUCUGGACAAGAGCACUCGCAGAAGGGCGGCUACGUUCCUGGGCUUCAGCAAGGAGGUUCAGCAGCUGUUUGGCGAGAGUGAUCCUCCCUUCUCCACUCGGGCCGUCUACCUGCUCGAGAAGGAGUUGGAGCAGAAGGCCAAGUUGCCUAGGCUCAGGGGAAUCCUGGAGCGAUACGACGCCAUCCCAGUGACACCAAAGGACGACAAGGAGCCGCCGCUAAAGCGAUCAGAGGGUGACCUCUUCGACACUAGCCGUCUGCCUAAGGAGCUCCAGUCCCGGGAUCUUGAAAAGCGGCAAUCCGCAAUGGCAGAGCCCAGAUUCACCGACGAGCAGGUCCUCAAGCUCGAGACGAUCGAUAAGAAGACUCGAAAUAUGGCUUCCAAGUAUCUGAAGCUUAACCCGGCGCUUCACAAGUUGUUUGUGCACAACGGCCCUCCCUACCAGCCUUGGGUCCUCCGCAUUAUCGAGAAGGAGUUGACCGAGAAGGCCAAGAAAGAGUCGGUAAAGAAAGUCCUGGAUAAAUUCGACCUCAUCCCAAAGGCCAUCUUUAUGGAUAACCCUAAGGAGCGCCGAUCAGUUGGUGAUGAGCUAGUCAACAACCAUCUUGAAGGUCAGCAGCAUUCCAAGGUCGUCCCGCGUGCCACUAACGAUGAAGCUCCUGAACAGAGUGAAACCGGGCAAAAGCACCGCGACACAGAAGAGUCGGACGCGAAGGCGGCCUAUGACUACAAGGUCGCUGAGAAGAUGAAGGAGAUCAAGGAGGAGGGAUGGUGCGAGGGUCUCCAGGGCAUGCUCCAACGGGCGUUCACCUUGACAAGGAAUCCAUCGAAUGGUGAAUACUUGGUUGCAAAGAAUGAGUUUGAUUGUUUUUGGAAACUUUAUCUGAAGGGACAGAAGUGGAAGGCAAAGGAGGAGGAUCUCUCGGUUGCUAACGAUGGGGCAGCUCAUGAGGGCUGA